CACGACGCCAUUUACGCCCUUUCUUCGCUUCGCUUUAUAGAGGUUUUGGCAUUACGUACUGGUGAAGGACCGUGCUGAGGACGUAGUUACAGAUAAACGAAGCGCAGGAAGUAGUAUCCAGUGAAAACCUGCUGCACUUAACAGUGAACACUUCAAGAUGGUUUUAGAAACGAUUUCGAGGAUAAUAAAAGUGCAGCUUCCAGCGUACCUGAAGAAACUUCCUCUCCCGGAGACAAUCAGUGGCUUUGCAAGCUUAACAGUGUCCGAGUGGCUGCGGUUGCUGCCUCUAUUGGGCAUCUUGGCUUUGCUGGGCUACCUGACCAUUCGACCCUUCUUCCCCAAGAAGAAGAAGCAGAGAGACUGCCUGAUCAACCUAAAGAUUCAGAAGGAGAACCCCAAAGUGGUCAACGAGAUAGACAUCGAGGACCUGAAUAGUGCAAACGUUUGCUACUGUCGCUGUUGGCGCUCCAAAACGUUUCCAGUUUGUGACAAGUCUCACUUAAAACACAACGAGCUGACGGGAGACAAUGUGGGACCACUCAUACUCAAGAAGAAGAUCCUAUAAUUGACCACUCUCUUCCCCCUCUAGUAUUUACAUUUCUUUACACAUGCUGGUCAGAAAUGAGUCACGCAGUCAUCAUCUGAAAGAGUGUGUUGACAAAAGGAACGUUUUGCCUUAUUUCUUUUUUUCCUACAGCUUUAUAUGUACAGCCCUAACAUUUCAGCAACCUUUUUAUUAUUAUUAUUUCUAGGGACAAUACUACAGAAAUGAAAUUUUAGAAUAGUCAGUGUACAGCUUGCAGAACAGUAUAAAAUUACUAUCCACAGAAAAUACUUUUGUACACUUCACAGUGAACAUGUCCAAAUUUUGCACAAAUGCCCCCCCCCAAUGAACCACAGCUCCCCAGUACCAGCAGCACUCAUGCAGCCCCAGACCAUGACACUACAACCGCCAUGCUUGACUGUAGGCAAGACACAAGUUGGUGCUCACUUAUUUUGCCAGCUAUUUAGACAAUAAUGGCUGUGUUGAGCCAUUUACAGUGGAUAGUAAAUCUAUACUGUUAUAGUAUAAAGUAUAUACAGGUUUACUUUCUAUAAUAUUGUACAUUGUAGGGUCAUCAUCGGGUCAUCAAGAUUAAAACGUUACAAGAUUUCUCGUUCAGAAAUGUCUCAUGGGCACUAAGCCUGGGGCGAUAAUAAAUAAAUUAAUCACACAAUAAAAGAAAAUGAACUCGAUAAUUUUGCCAGCCUUAAUAUAUUGCCAUGUGCACGUGUGUCUGUUUUCCUCAUCUCCCGCUUCCUCUCUGUCUCGGUGGGUGGAGGCGAGGCUGCUACCAGACACACAGAGUGGAGAAGAGUGUAACUUAGUAGAAAUUAAAUUAGUAGAUUGCAAUAUAUUUUUCCGUGUACUUUUCUUAAAAGUAAUAUUCAAAUCUUGUCUUGUCUCAUUCUCAUAGACCCAAUCUUGUCUAUCGUCUCGUCUUGUGAACCGAGUGUCUUGUGACACCCCAGUACCUUGAGAUUAUAAUAAAAAAAUCAUUGCUGAGAUGUGAGGGGUAUACCGACUUCUGUGAGACACUGUAUACUGUAUAUAGUCUACACAUCAUGGGGGUCUCUUUGAGGGGAUAACACAGUUGCAGUGACCUUAAAUCUGAAGUAAAACCCCAAAUGCUUGUCCAAUCUGUGUAAGUCUAUUGUACUAUGUGCUACAAUUCUAUCCUUCCUUUCUUUCAUGAGUACUGUUUGCCGAAUUCUAACUAUUACAAUUAUAAUGGGAGACUCACUGCAACAUUUAUGAUGCCCUCAAGCACCCACUGAUUUGAACGCAUUUGAGUUGUAUCUCCUACACCGUACAAGUCUACACGGCCUUGUACUGAGUUUUCUUUGAAGUGAUAUCAGCAGGAUCUUUAUUUGCAUGUAUUUUUAUCUUCUGUACCGUAAGCAUGACUGUAAAUACUGUACCUCCCGCAGGAGUAUGUCAGCAAUAUUUUUACAUCAAGGUUCAUGCAUUCGAAAGCGAAUGUUCAUCAUGUGCUCUCCCCCCACCCAGUAUAUCAGCUAAGACACAGUCAUGCAUUGAGCUAAAUGCUAACAAGUGAAUAUGUCACAACCUUUUGAGGUUAAAAAUGUCCAGAUGUAUAGUAAAUAAAUCAAUAACUAUAACAAAAAAAAACUAAACCAAAGACAAUUUAAUUUUUUUUUUAUUAUUUCAAGAAUCUUUGGUAAAAAACUAAUUGUCACUACACUCUAAUACUGCGCACAGAGUUUACAGCAGAUCAGUUAAACACAUUACAUCAUCUUAAGUUACACUGCAUACUUAUGUAAUAAAUAUUAUAAUACAAAUGAAAAAAAUUACUAAUAAGAAUGACUGAGCUAUUAAAUACAACAGUGUGAGGAGUUGAGCAGCAAUUUCUAAAAAAAAAAAAAAAAAAAAAAGUGGCUUAUAUACUUUUUCCUGAGUUAUUGUAUGUACAUUUUGAUUAAAAAAAAUAGUACUAUGCCAAACAUAUGCUCCCAAAUAAGUCUAACCAUUAAAAUCUAAAUUCAUCUGUUUCCCUUAUUUAAAUAUGACAGUAACCGUUUUUGUUUUUUUUAAAUAAAAAUGUAAACCACAGCCAUGACACUACAACGAACAAAUGUGGAACUUGAAACUACCUCUGGUCCGUUGUGUGUGCCAUUCACACGCAUCUGAUGGGGGUCAUUUGGUUGUUGGAGGCCUGGAAGUCACCCAGUGGCUAUAAAUACACACUCAUUCACACAUCACAUACAUGCUCCUCCUGCAGAAGAGCAAACAGCAUGGACAGGACAAAGCAGGCCACUCGGUGGCUAAAGGCUAACUUGCAUACAGAGUAUCCAACAGGUCUCCUGACAGCAGAGGAGUCCAAAGUUUUUCCACAUACAUAAUUGAAGGAUGCAGGGGCUACUUUAAUAUUACACCUUAAUCCAGUGGGUCUCAAUUCUUUUCCCGUUCCCUCACCCCUGAAUUGAAAUACUACUGAGAACAUGAUAUUUACGUCUUCAUCUGUACAGUGUAUGAGUUGCUGGCAUCAGCAUUCUGCAUAUAAUCAGCAGAUUAUACAAAAAAUAAUCAGUUGUAUUUGUAUUAGUGUCAUAUCUUGUAGUGUUGGGUUCAUUUUUUAUUAUAUGCUAGGGGCCGCAAAUGGACCCCAGGCCAGACUUUGGACGCCUCUGCCUUAGAGUCUUUCUAAGCACAAGUAGAUACAAAAAUGAACACUAUCUGUUCCCUAUACUUGGGAUCCAAAGAGUAGAUCCAGAAAUAGAUUGUUGUUUUGAUGAAAUCAGUGGCAAAAACAGAUGCCCCAAUGCAAAAUGCAUACAGACUGCUGAUGUCAGAGUGUGCUUUCAUAGGUGACCGGUGUUUCGUUGUCCUCAUCACCACCAGCCGCAGUGCCU